AACCAAAUCGUUCACAUCUUCUCUGGAAAGUUUUCAAUUACCAUUAUGCCCUACAUGUGCAGCCCAAGCUUAAAGUAAGACGCCACCAUUAUUCAUGCUCUUAUUGUUGUGUCACAUUUAAUAUUUUCAAGAACUAUAUAUAGGCAAGUACAGCACACUAGCCCUCUUGCAGGAUAUGAGCCCAGUUCACCGACCCAUCAUCAAGCAAUUAGCUCUCAGAAAUAUAAAACCAGUUGCUGGCCGCAGAGGGGUGUUUACUUUCGAGGAGAGAAGGAAGCUUGCUGUGAUUAAUGGGGUGGUGGUUAAGCUGGGUUGUCUUGACCGUGGCGGUAAUCAGAGAUAUUGUUGUUAGAGGAGGAGAUGUCACAUAUGAUGGAAGAUCUCUUAUCAUUGAUGGACAAAGGAAAAUCCUGUUUUCGGGUUCAAUUCACUAUCCUCGCAGCACUCCAGAGAUGUGGCCAUCUUUGGUAGCAAAAGCUAGAGAAGGAGGGGUCGAUGUGAUUCAAACUUAUGUGUUUUGGAAUCUGCAUGAGCCAAGACCUGGAGAGUAUGAUUUCAGUGGAAGAAAUGACUUGGUGAGGUUCAUAAAGGAAAUCCAAGCACAAGGUCUCUACGUCUGCCUCAGGAUUGGACCUUUCAUCGAGAGUGAAUGGACUUAUGGGGGGUUCCCAUUUUGGUUGCAUGAUGUCCCCGACAUUGUUUAUCGAUCAGAUAAUGAGCCUUUCAAGUUUUACAUGCAAAAUUUUACCACAAAAAUAGUGAACAUGAUGAAGUCAGAGGGUUUAUAUGCUUCGCAAGGAGGUCCAAUAAUACUAUCACAGAUUGAGAAUGAAUAUCAAAAUGUUGAAGCAGCUUUUCGUGACAAAGGACCCCCGUACGUCAUCUGGGCAGCAAAAAUGGCAGUUGAGCUCCAGACUGGUGUGCCAUGGGUGAUGUGCAAGCAAACUGAUGCUCCUGACCCAGUGAUAAACACAUGCAAUGGAAUGAGAUGUGGAGAAACUUUUGGAGGACCUAAUUCGCCAACAAAGCCGUCACUUUGGACAGAGAAUUGGACAUCAUUCUAUCAAGUAUACGGUGGAGAACCGUAUAUACGGUCUGCUGAAGACAUUGCCUUCCAUGUAACCCUUUUUAUUGCAAAAAAUGGAAGCUAUAUAAAUUACUACAUGUUCCAUGGUGGAACAAAUUUUGGAAGAACUGCGUCGGCAUAUGUCAUAACAAGUUAUUACGAUCAGGCACCACUUGAUGAAUAUGGUUUAAUUAGACAACCCAAAUGGGGUCAUCUCAAGGAGCUGCAUGCUGCAAUCAAGUCUUGCUCUUCAACAAUACUUGAGGGAGUGCAGUCUAAUUUCUCCUUGGGCCAACUUCAACAGGCCUAUAUUUUCGAAGAAGAAGGAGCAGGCUGUGCUGCAUUUCUUGUUAACAAUGACCAGAAAAAUAAUGCAACUGUUGAAUUUCGAAAUAUAACCUUUGAGCUGCUUCCAAAGUCGAUUAGUGUUCUACCUGACUGUGAAAAUAUAAUCUUCAACACCGCAAAGGUAAAUGCAAAGGGUAAUGAGAUAACCAGGACAUCAAGUCAAUUGUUUGAUGAUGCUGAUAGGUGGGAAGCAUAUACAGAUGUUAUCCCUAACUUCGCAGAUACUAACCUUAAAUCAGAUACCCUGUUGGAGCACAUGAAUACAACCAAAGAUAAAUCAGAUUAUCUUUGGUAUACUUUCAGCUUCCUACCAAAUUCAUCUUGCACUGAACCUAUACUUCAUGUGGAGUCUCUCGCGCAUGUUGCAUCUGCUUUUGUCAACAACAAAUAUGCAGGAUCUGCACAUGGAAGUAAGGAUGCCAAGGGUCCCUUUACCAUGGAAGCGCCGAUAGUCUUAAAUGAUCAGAUGAACACCAUUUCUAUACUCAGCACUAUGGUUGGAUUACAAGAUUCAGGAGCUUUCCUGGAGAGAAGAUAUGCAGGCUUAACGAGAGUGGAAAUUAGAUGUGCUCAACAAGAGAUCUAUAAUUUUACCAAUAAUUAUGAAUGGGGAUAUCAGGCAGGGCUAUCUGGAGAGAGCUUGAACAUCUACAUGAGAGAACAUUUGGACAACAUUGAAUGGAGUGAAGUUGUUUCAGCUACGGAUCAACCACUUUCUUGGUUUAAGAUUGAAUUUGAUGCUCCAACGGGUAACGACCCAGUAGUUUUAAACCUAAGCACGAUGGGGAAAGGAGAAGCAUGGGUGAACGGACAAAGCAUUGGACGUUACUGGCUUUCCUUUCUCACUUCUAAAGGGCAGCCUUCACAGACAUUGUACCAUAUACCUCGGGCAUUUCUUAACAGUUCAGGGAACCUGCUGGUGUUGCUCGAGGAAUCUGGAGGGGAUCCUCUCCACAUUUCAUUAGACACUGUUUCAAGAACAGGAUUGCAAGAACACGCUUCCCGUUAUCACCCUCCACAGUAAUUCUAUGCUGUGCACAGACUUCUUUUAGAUUAUCUCACAGUUUGAUCUUAUUUCGCUGUUAAUCAUUAUUUAUAAAAUAGUCAUAACUAAUAAUCAUUCCAUUUUUCUUC